CAGGGGCGGGGCAAGAACGCGUGACGCAGCCAGUGGUACGCAACGUGGUCACGCCCAGCAGCGUUACGCGUUACGCGUUACCAGCGGCUUGGGUGACGUAGUUGCCCCUGGUAACCUGGAGAGUCGCGGAGAGGAUGGGUCUGCUGUCUAUCUUGCGUAAAUUGAAAAGCGCUCCAGAUCAGGAGGUCCGAAUCCUGCUGCUGGGUCUCGAUAAUGCUGGGAAAACCACAUUGUUAAAGCAGUUAGCAUCGGAGGACAUCAGUCACAUCACUCCAACACAGGGCUUUAAUAUCAAGAGCGUACAAUCUCAGGGCUUCAAACUUAAUGUAUGGGACAUAGGCGGACAGCGGAAAAUCAGGCCGUACUGGAGGAACUAUUUUGAGAAUACUGAUGUACUUAUAUAUGUCAUUGACAGCGCAGAUAGAAAACGCUUUGAAGAAACAGGUCAGGAAUUGGCUGAGCUUUUGGACGAGGAAAAACUGAGCGGCGUUCCUGUGCUGAUCUUUGCUAAUAAACAGGAUUUGCUGACGGCUGCCCCAGCCUCCGAAAUAGCUGAAGGCCUAAAUUUGCACACAAUUCGGGACAGAGUGUGGCAGAUUCAGUCAUGUUCAGCGCUCACAGGAGAAGGAGUACAGGAUGGAAUGAACUGGGUCUGCAAAAAUGUGAACGCAAAGAAGAAGUAAUGGACUGAAAGCAGUAAUGGAUCCACUCAAGACUGCUACACCAACUUUCUAUUUACCUGCAAGGACUGAGAGGUCACAGCUAACUUGUCUUUUUGCACCAGUUCCCGAUUUUAAACCGAAAUAAACACUAUAUAUACUGGCCAAGAGUAGCUCAUUCCAGCCAAGCAUGUUUACGCUGUUUUAGCCUACUUGCCAUGUAUUUAAUCUUUUCAAUGAAAGUCAUGUAUCUUUUUAGGCUGGAGUGUAACUGAAGAUCUGUAGUAGUAGAAAAGGGUCUUUGUUGAAUCCCUAUUGUACCAUUCAUUGGCAUCAGUAGGUGAUGUAGGAAUGCAUUUUAAUAGUAGCUGCUCUGUAUUAAUGCCCAGGUGACCUCUAUUCACUAUACACCAUUGGAGUGAAAGGCACAGGAUGGAAAUGUUCUUAGAUCUGCUGUUCAGAUUCUGUGUACCAUAAUAGAGACAUUUAGUAACUUCAGUAGCCAGGACUGUUUGUAAUCCCCAGGAACAUUCAUGGAUGGGCAGUGAUUUCCUUCUUCUUGUCACGUUUAGUCGCUUUCCUCUGGUUUAUAAGCAAUAUCCAUGACCCCCACUUACACAAUCUCUCCGAUUCUAUAUUUGUUUUUUUCACGAUAAAGACAGAUCACAUUCACUGUUGACCAGUGUUUAAGAAUUUAUAAGAUUUUUCCUUUCACCAAAGCCGAAAUCUGUCAACAAUCAGCUUUACUGAUGUAAUGUAACAAAUCCAAAAACAUAAAAACAAAAACACUAAAGGCCUUUGGUUCACAUACUGGUGCAAUGUGCUGUGGGUUAUAGGAACCAAUUUGACCAUGGUAGCCAUUUAUAUAGUGCUGUAACCCUAGGCGGUAGCAUGUAUCCAUUAAUAAGGAUGUAUUAUGGCAACAAGCUUUAGAUUAAUUUACAUAUAUUUAUAUCAUCAUUCCAGUGAACACAAGUGAUAUGUCAUUCAGUUUUUAGGAUUGGCUUUACCAUUUUGCUGUUACACUACAUUUAUAUUGAACACUGGUAGCCAAAAUGUAUUAUUUCAGAUUUAACAACUACUUUUUAGAUUAUCCAAUUUUUAUAUUAUAUGUAAAAGCCUAAAAAGAACUGAAAAUAUCUUGGCAAUCCACAAAGUCUAAUAUUAAGACACCAACCAUACUCUCCAGAAUGCUCAAAUAUAUGAUGUUCUUUGGCUUGGUACCCAACAGACACACAAGGUUGAUCAAUGGGGACUUUACAAAAUAAUUCUCAGAAUGAUGUAAAAUAACAAAACAUGAAAUAGCCAAUUUACCAAUCCUCAUGUCAAGCUGAACCAGGAUGUACAGAGACUGGUGAGGACUGGGAAACUUGGUUCAGCAGUGGCAGGGGACUGGGAAAGCGAGUAUUACAUGUUUGAUUUUAUACCAAUCAUAAAAAUUUUUUUACAGGCUAUUCAAUACAUUUUUGCUAAUGUAAAUUGUUGUACAGGGGUUUAUCUUUUUUUAAACAAACAUUCCCAGGCUGCUGCCAAAGAAAUUAACAAAAAAAUACUUACCUCUCGCCCUGCCCAACUUCCUAGUGCUGGGUCCCAAUUCAAAUGUCAUUCAGCCAAUCACUGUGACCUAUAUGGCCCAAGCAUCAGGAAGUGAAGUUCACUAGAGCGGGGAUCAGCGUGAAACGGUACAUUCCUACGCAGUGAUCCGUGAUCGGCCGAGCGGCACUCUGACUUAUUAGGCCCCACCCAGCAUUAGGAAGUGGAGUACUGUGCACACCGGAGCAGCGUUAUUAGAGGCUAUGGGAAACAAGUGAGAGAUAAGUAUCGCUUUUGGGGUGUUUUUUGGUAGCCUUGGCAUGUUUGUGUAGAAAAGAAAAUUCUGUCGGACAACCCUUUUGAGGAAACUAAUUUGUUACUCUUUCCCUAUUUUUUAUUUUUGUUUACAGUGACAGGUUAAAGGUACCAUCAUUUUUGUUUCUAUUCUAUUACAUGUAAAGCAACUUUGAAAAAGUUGAACGCUCCUCCAUGGUAACAGACUACAAACAAAUGCUGUGUAGUCGUAGUCUGAUCAUCUAAUCCUACUCUCUGUUCCCUACUUCUUGCUGACCUACCAAAUGUACGUUGGUUUGCAUGAUCCAACGUGAGAACUCUAUAGAAAUCCCACAUCCUCUGGACCCCCUUGAGUAUGACUUAAAGGGGUACUCCGGUGGAAAACAUUUUUAUUUUAUUUUUUUAAAUCAACUGGUUCCAAAAAGGCAAACUGAUUUGUUAAUAACUUCUAUUAAAAAAAUCUUAAUCCUUUCGGUUCUUAUUAGCUGCUGAAUACUACAGAGGAAAUUCUUUUCUUUUUGAAUUUAUUUUCUCUGUCCGUCCACAGUGUUCUCUGCUGACACCUCUGUCCAUUUUAGGAACUGUAAUGAGCAGCAUAUGUUUGCUAUGGGGAUUUUCUCCUGCUCUGGACAGUUCCUGACACGGACAGAGGUGUCAGCAGAGAGCACUGUGGACAGAAAG